AUGAGCGGCGCCUUUAAGGAGCAUUUCUGCGCAGAUUGCCGCGAGGGCACUAUCUUCGUCCCCGCGUCCCGGAUACGGAUUGUGGAGGUUGGAAAUGAGCUUGCAAACACGCAAGCGGGAGGGCUGUGGAACACAAAGUGCUGUUCGGGUGCGAAGCUCGCCAUCCUGAAAGACGAGACGCCUCACGCGCUGCCCGGGCUCUCGCCGCUCCCCGUCGCGAUGCAGGACAGUUCUAUCGGCUUCAAGGCGAUCGAGUGGUUACGCUUCGUCGAGGCGCAGAGCGGGCACGGCGACGCGGACGCGGGGCGGGGCGCGGAGCUUGCGAGCACGCCCGUACCGCCUCCGAUGACGGCAGCAGCGGCCGCAGUCGGGAGCCAAGGCUACCUUCAGGCGAGCCACGCAGGGAGCGCCCCGCCGCUCCAGGCGGGGCUCCAGGGGAGUGCGGCAGCGGCGCCCGAGGGGCCGCUGAUGUCCAGUGUGCCGUACGCGUCCGACGCCUACGCUCGGCCGCACGCGUCAGACGCCUACGCUGAGCGCUUGAUCGAGCUCGAGCUCGACGUGCUCUUGCGCUCGCUGGAGGACCGCGCGCCGCCUCGCGCCGCGCAGAGGCGCGACGAGUGCGGGCGCUUUGUUCAAGCGGCAGCCGUGCCAGGCUUUGUUCAAGCGGCAGCCUUGCCAGGCUUUGUUCAAGCGGCAGCCUUGCCAGGCCGAAUGCCGGCUAUCGACGCGAGCGUGGCGCCGCAGGUGCCUCUGCAAUCCCUGCCGGUCGUGCAGGAGGCUGUCCCCUUUCCGACGUCGCUCCCGCCAUCGCCGCCCGAGCCGCCAGCGCCGCGGUACGGCACGGCCGUCGGCUUCCUCGCGAGGGGGCCGGGGAUGGAGCCCGUCCUCUCGCUCAGCCUCGUGGUCGGCGCGGUCGGCGCCGCCGGAGCCGCAUUGUCCGCGCACCAAAGCGAGAUGGCGUCCAUCUUCCCCGUCUUCUUUGGCGCGGUGUGCCUCAGCUUGGCCGCCUUCUCCGUGUCCAACGCGCUGCUCUGCGGCGACGAAUUGGCUCGCGCGUGGGCGUUCGUGAUCCCGCUUCACCCUCUUCCGCUGACGGCGCUACUGUGGCUCGUCCCCGCGGACGAUCUUCUGCGCGCCAAGGAGAGCAUGGACAGCUUUCGUGUGCCCGGGACUGUAUUAGUUGGGGCAAUCGGGGCGGUGACCGCCACCAUGCCGCGCCCCCUUCGCUGGAAGUGCAUGGUGGUGGCCGGCUUCCUUCUGUCGACUGCCAGCAAUUUCGGUGUGGCCACGUACCUACUCGACGAGCGGCUCUCCUUCAUUUACGAGAUGUUCCCCUACCACCUCUCGACCCUGGGCAGCCUCGCCCUCACCCUCCUCUGCCAGAAGGUCAUCAAGGAGUUCAUCUUGGGUGAGCGUCCACUGACGAUGCUGCCUUGUGUGAGCGUCAACUUCGAGGACGGUGGCGUCAACGAGCGCGUCACCAGAGCCUGCCUGGCGGGCGCAUUCGCGUGCAUUUGUCUCCUCGUCGUGUCCCACCACCUCCUCCUCUUCCGGGAGCAGAGGGAGGAGUGGGGCAUGCGACGUGAUGCGGCCGACGCGAUGCCGACCGGCAGCCAUGGCGGCGGCCGUGGUGGCGGCAUGGUCCCGCAGGUGGCGACCCUCUUUGCCUUCUACACGCUCGGGCUGUGCGUGCUGGCCGCGGCCUUGCCGACGAGCGCCGACCUGCGGCGUGGUCGGCAGUUUCUGCUCGUCGUCACCGUCCUCAUGCUCACCUCCGCCGUCGAGACCGUGCGCAACUUGUGGCCGCGGGUGGCGGCGCUCCCGGAUGAGGCGAGCGCCCCCUACCACCACGCGCUGCUGGCAGGCCGCGUGCUGCUCUGGCUGGCGGCUGUCGUCGGCACCGCUUCCGGCGCCGCCUGCCGUUGGCGCUUCGUGAAGCUCGUGCCCUGUGCCGAUGCCACGCUCGGGCUGGUGAUGCUCCUCGGCAUCUUCCUCACACAUGCGCGGGCGACGUCGUUCCGCGACGCCUUGCACAUGCCCGUGGCAUCCUCGUGCAGCACCGGCUUCUGCCACGCCGCUGGCGACGCGUCCUUUGGCUGGGUGCUCGCGGUGUGCGCGACCAACGUUGCAUUGCUGCUGAUGCUCGGCGUGAGCCUCUCGCCUGCGAGCCGUGCAGGGCUCGCGGCGAGGGCCAAGCAUAGUCUGAGGGUUAGGUUUUUGGAGCUUCGGGUGCUUUUACGCUUUUGA